AUGGAUUUGGAUCAAGUGGGAGGAUCGGACUUUGGCCCUGUCUUCAAAGUCGUUAACAUAGUUGUUUCUGCUGUGUCGAAUUCAAGGUCCCAGCCAGAUUGUACGAUUUUGCGUCGUUUUAUUUCUCCUUCCUGGGAAGGGGAGUACGUAAGUAUACAUCUGGAGGCCAAUGGUUUGUGUGGCUUGAACACUAACACUUUCUAUCUAGUCUAUCUUUUCCUUGGGACUGUUCUAGUCAAUGGUAAUAUUUUUGGGAUUAUCGGUGGAGUUAUAGUUUUGCUGGUGGGCGCCGUCUACGUGGCCCUGGAGUUCAUUCCAAGCAUUGAGCCCCCUGCUAACAUGCAAAAUGGGGGCUCGAUGAUUUCCGAUGACGUUGAAGAUAUCAUCUAA